AUGCUCACCCAGCUCAUUUCUGCUAAGCCUAACCCACUUAAAACAGAGAAGUAUAUCACCUCUAAUGAUGAAUUGAGGUUCAGACAGCAAUGGCAACUUGAGGCUGGAAAAUAUGCUUUGCUGCUUAUGCCUAUCGUUCUUGAUUAUGCCAUUAUAUUAUACAUGAACAACCAUGUGAUGCGAACCCUCGGGCUUCUGUUAGAUGCCAACCUUGAAUUCAGAUGUUUAGUUGCCUGUUUGAUCCCGUCAAAUAGAAACCCAAACUUUCUUCAACAUAGUUCUGCAAUCUGCAUGAUUUACAAAACCUACAAAGAUGAACCGUCCUAUCACCCCAAAAUGUCAAAGAAUUCAAUUCAAUCAUUCAAUAAAUCAUCUCAGAAACAGUUAGAUGUGAGAGCUGAAUGA